CCAAUAGCAGGCAGCUGAGCCUCUCUCAGGACAGGAACAUGUGAAACACCAGCUGUGCCUGUUCCAACACCUUUACACUGAUCUCCGGACGACUGCAGAGGAGGUUCAUAGCCUUUCUGCUGCAACAUCUCAGCUGUUCAUCAGCCAUGACCAGCAGCCUGUCAGCUCUGACCGUGUGCCUCAUGCUGCUCCUGGCCUCAGGCUUCCCCUUGGAGAGAAGAGGAGGCGCGCACCCUGCUGCAGCCAAGGACAAGCGUGCCCAGUACGCAGCGAGGGAUGAUGUCAACAUCAUUGCUCACGGCCUGCUCCAGCUGGGCCAGAGCCUCAAGGAACAUGUGGACAAAACCAAAGUCCAGAUGAGGGAUGUUUUCACCAGGCUCAAAGUCUUCAACCGCAGCACAGCCGAGCUGGGGAGGCAGAGCCAGAGGCUGCAGGAGCAGGGGGAGACCCUGAGGGCGCGUGCACUGGAGAUGGAGCAGAGAGAGGCUCAGCUGCUGAACAUCACAGMUGAGCUGAAGGAGACGGCAGAGGACAUCCAGCAGGAGAGGAGGACGAUGAGUGAGAGGCUGAGCCGACUGGAGCAGAGGGUGGACAGGAUGCUGCAGGGCCACAGGAACAGCACUGAUGCUGGAAACAUCCAGACAUGGCAGCAGACUGUCAUGAACUGUUUCUGCGAGGAGAGACCACCAGUGGGGUCUACACAAUCCAACCAGAAAACUCUGAACCUUUCAACGUCUUCUGUGACAUGGUGGCUG